UGCAAAGACUGUUGGGUAAUCGUGCUUUGACAAUACACGUACAGCGAGGAUUAGUAGAUUAGCUGUUGACUGAAUUCUCUGCUAAAUUCUGUAAAAGUAUGAUGUCAAAUGUUGGCAGAAGAAGUUCGAGGAUACUUCAGAAUAUUCCUGUAUGCCGUCAGGUUCUUUCUACGGGAUAUCACGCCAAGGUGAUCGACCAUUAUGAGAACCCCAGAAAUGUUGGAUCAAUGGACAAAGAUGAUGAAAAUGUGGGAACAGGCUUAGUCGGUGCACCUGCUUGUGGUGAUGUCAUGAAGUUACAGGUUCGAGUUGAUGACAAUGGUAACAUUGUUGAUGCAAAAUUUAAAACAUUUGGUUGUGGUUCAGCUAUUGCAUCUAGCUCUCUUGCUACAGAGUGGGUUAAAGGAAAGAAUGUAGAAGAUGCCUUAAAGAUCAAGAACACAGAUAUUGCAAAGGAACUUUCAUUACCACCUGUUAAACUACACUGUUCUAUGUUGGCUGAAGAUGCCAUCAAAGCUGCCCUUAAUGACUACAGAAUCAAAAAAGAAGAGUCAACACCCAAAGUUGCAAAACAAAACUGAUCUUUGAAGAAUCUAUGAAGGAUAUUUUUGAUUGGUUGUGUAUAAAUAUGUUGGUAAAGGUUUGUUGUAUGAAUUUAAGGGACACUUGUUUUAUCCUGGCAAAGCAGCAUAACUAUCCCCUUGCCAUUGUCAAUAACUCAAUUGUCAAAGCCUAAACCACAUAAUCUAACUUGUUAUAUAAGUAACUGAUCAAACUAUCUAAUCAAAGUAAACCAAAAUAAUUGCAUAUAACUAUAUCUUACAGUGUAUAUUAUUUGAUUAAUGGUGAUGCUUUACUGAUGCUUUACAUUUUUCCCAAUAUAUAAACAAUUAUCUUUGCCAAAGUAA